GUUCCAUACAACAACACGAAGGAGAAAUGCUCGGGAGUUGGUAAGCGACUUGUUCGAGGAGGGAAGAGAGUGUUCUUAGUCUAAAAAGCUCUUUGAACGGAUGGCUGAUCCGUUAAAGGCUCGUUCUUGUGGGGGUUAGCCGAUUGUGGGGUAUGGGGAGUCUGGAUCUCACCUUGUCGCCUCGCUGGUUAGCAAGGGUCAAACAGGGCCAAGUCCUUGAAGAGAGGGCGUAGAACGUUGCUCAUGGUGGUUGUCAUGCGGGCGAGGUAAUCUAUAAAUUCUACCGGCCUGGACAUCUCCAGCAUUGCGACAGUCGAUCGUCACAAGGCGAGGCGAACGAUACAGAGCAGUUAUAAAGAAGCACUUUGGGCGCCUUAAACGGCCAUCAAUUCUUCUCUCCCUCUCUUCAGGUACCAUUACAAUUGUAUUGCAUUAUCAGAACUCCACACUUUUUGUCGAUCCUCAACAUGGAGAAGGCCGCUGUGUCCACUCUCCACGAGGAGAGCCUCCCCGUUGGGACUGGGGAAAAGGCCACGAUCAACGAGAUCGCAGAUAACGCGAGGCUGGCUGCAGAGGCCGAACACGAACUGUCGCCGCUUCAAGCCGUCCGACGAUAUCCCAGAGCUGUCCUCUGGUGUCUUCUCAUAUCAGCUUGCGUUAUCAUGGAAGGCUACGAUACCAGUUUACUCAGUAACUUCUACGCGUAUCCGGAAUUUGCGAAGCGAUAUGGAAAAUUCAAUGAGAAGUCUGGCAAUUAUCAAUUGUCAGCGCCAUGGCAAGCCGGUCUUGGAAACGCCUCUGGCGUGGGAUCCUUCUUUGGAACCCUCCUUAAUGGCUACCUCGUCCACCGGUUCGGUCAUCUGCGAGUCAUCACCGGUUCCCUCUUUUUCCUCAGCUGCUUCAUCUUCAUUGUUUUCUUCGCUCCUAACACCAAAGUCCUGCUGGUUGGCGAGUUUCUAUGCGGUUUUCCCUGGGGAAUCUUCGCGACAACAGCCCCCGCCUACGCGUCCGAAGUCUUGCCUAUGGCACUACGAACGUACCUCACCAGCUGGACGAACAUGUGCUUCAUCAUUGGGCAAUUAAUUGCGUCUGGCAUUUUGGCAGGAUUGGUGAACAACACAACGCAAUGGUCUUAUAGAAUCCCCUUUGCUAUCCAAUGGUUCUGGCCAGUUGUCUUGGGACCUAUUCUUUUCUUUGCCCCUGAGACUCCGUGGCAUCUUGUUCGGGCAGGAAACAUUGAUGAAGCAAAGAAAUCACUCAAGAGGCUGCGCCCCAAUGAUAGCGAAGAAGAACUACAGGAAACUCUCAACUUGAUUAUUUAUACCAAUAAUCUGGAGGAACAACUCUCUGUCGGAACUUCAUACUGGGACUGCUUCAAGGGAUUCGAGUUGCGUCGAACUGAAAUUGCCUGCAUGUGCAUGGUUGGCCAGGUUCUUUGCGGCAUUUGCUUUGCGUACAACUCUACUUAUUUCUUCCAGCAAAUUGGGUUGACCUCUACCCAAACAUACCACCUUAAUGUUGGCGGUACUGGCAUGGCCCUAUUUGGUACCCUUGUGUGUUGGUUUUUCAUCAUGCCCAACUUUGGCUACCGAACUACUUACUGGGUAGGAAUGGGAGGCAUGUGCGCCAUUCUCAUUAUCAUUGGCGGCCUAAACGUCCAUACCAACGAGAAGCCUGUUGCGAUGACUCAGGCAGUUCUGACACUUAUCUGGACUCUCAUCUUCCAACUGUCUGUUGGCCAAUUGGGAUGGGCUCUCCCUGCCGAACUCGGUUCAACUCGUUUGCGCCAAAAGACUAUCUGCCUUGCCAGAAACUCAUAUGCUAUUACUGCCGUCGUUGCAGGUGUCCUCCAGCCUUAUUUUAUGAACCCAGGGGAAUGGAACCUUAAAGGCUAUACUGGAUUCAUUUGGGGCGGAACCGCUUUUCUUAUGACCGUAUGGGCCUAUUUUCGUCUUCCUGAGUCCAAGGGCCGCACUUAUGAAGAGCUUGAUGUCCUAUUCGCCAGGAGAGUUUCGGCCCGGAAGUUCGCCAAAUACAGAAUCGACGCUUUUAAUGAAGAUGUCCUGGCAUAAACGUUUCAUUCUGUUUAAGAAGAUAAGGAUGGAUGGAUGGCGUAAGCUUUAUCAGGCUUCGAAGUGGAGAAGACGCCAUGACAAUAUUGAAGAUGCUGAUUACUUCAUGGAAUGUACGGAUGCCGGCAAGUUGCGGAUUUUCGGUGUAAUGUUUGAAGUGCUUAGGGUAAUUUUUUUCGCCGCUUACAAUGCCGUUCCUUGCCUGGAAGGAUAGGUAAUCAAGUAUCUCGCAGGCCUAUUUGAUUACAGCAGUCUACGUAGUCUAGUAGUCCGAAAUCUAAUGAGACACG